UCUAGUCUCAGAAGCACUAACUAUAUCUGUAACUGCAUUCUGCUUCUUUUUUCGGCAAAAUGGCGGAAUGUGCGUCGAUUGUGCCUGAAUUAGAAACUCAAAAGAAUGAAAUUGCUAAUAUUUCGAAAAAAGUUCUUCAAAAAGGAGAUAUUUGGUGUUUGAUUGACAACAAAUGGUUUAAGCAGUGGAAAAAGUAUGUUGGUUAUGACAGCUGGGAGACUUCAAAUAUUGGUGACAGAGCCACACAUCCUGGUCCUAUUGAUAAUUCUCCUCUUCUGAGAGAUGAUGGUAGUGGAGAAAUAAAGGAUCACCUUAUUGAUGAGCUGGAUUAUGUUCUGUUACCUGAAGAAGCUUGGAAUUUAUUAGUGAAAUGGUAUGGUUUAACUGAAGGUCAACAGCCUAUUGCCCGUAAGGUUGUUGAGUAUGGAAUGUUCGUGAAGCAUUGUAAGGUAGAAGUCUAUUUACUUGAAUUCAAACUUUGUUCAAACAGUGAUCUGGAUCAUAUUGUAACAAGAAAGUUUAGUAAAUCUGAUACAAUAGAAUUUAUUGAAAAAGAAAUGAGAAGUUUAUUUAACAUACCAGAUGAAAAGGAAACACGCCUUUGGAAUCGUUAUAGCAGUAAUACAUAUGAGCAUUUGAGUAACAAAGACAGUACAGUCCAGGAUGCUGGUCUGUAUCAGGGACAGGUUAUAAUUAUUGAAGAAAAGAAUGAUGAUGGCACCUGGCCCAGGCAAGUGAAAAGUACCAGUGCAGCACUUGCUUAUACCAAUUCUACUAGUACUGGUGCUGGUGAUACAAGGCCUUAUAAUAACCAAACAAAUACGAUUGCCACCAGGAGUUAUAGUAGUGUUGGAUAUGGUAGUUCUAGUUAUGGUUAUGAGUACCAUACUGGUAAUACAUGUAAUGUGCAGCCUGGAUUAUGUGGAUUAAGUAAUUUAGGAAGUACAUGUUUCAUGAAUUCAGCUCUUCAGUGCAUGAGUAAUACGCCUCCUCUUGUUGAAUACUUUUUGCAAGAUCGAUAUUGGGAUGAACUGAAUAAAGAGAACCCUCUUGGCAUGCAAGGGGAAAUUGCAAAAUCAUUUGGUGAACUAAUAAAGAACAUGUGGUGUGGACGAUAUUCAUACACAGUACCCAGAAAUUUUAAGGUAUAUUUUUUUCUAAUGUUUAAUAAUUUCAAGCAUAUGAAAGGUUUUGGGAUGCAUUUUAGUGAUUCCUCUUUAAUG